AUGCCGCAGACGCCGUACGACGCGGAGAAAGAGCGCAUCGCGCAGGACAGGAAGGAGAAGGCGCAGCGCGAUGUCCUGAGAGCGCGCGCGGCCGCGAGAGCGGCGGAGAAAAAAGUCGCCGCGAUGCGGACGCGAGGCGCCAACAAAAGCAACGACAACGCCGACGCCGACGCCGACGCCAACACCUCCCCGCGCUCGGCGCGACGCAUACGAGACGACGCGAGCGCGAGCGCGUGGGGGCUCGCGCCCGCGGCGUGGAACGCCGCCGGCGGCGAGGUCGUCGACCUCACCUCCGAGGUGCUCUCGCUGCGGCGCGAGCAGGCGCGAUGGGAGCGCGAGAGGACCGAGCGCGUCGACCGCGAAGACGCCAUGGCGAAAGAGAUCGAGCGCACUUCCAAAGCGAACGAGGAGCUCGAGGGCGCGAUCGACUCCCCGGUGAAGCUCGUGGUGAACCUCCGGGGGGGGGGCGCGGCGGGAGGGCUCGAGAACGUGCCGCCGGGGGGGACGGCGCAAAUCUCAUCAGGCGAAGAACCCUCCGAGCCGCAGCCGGGACUCCACCCGGGGCUGCCGCAGACGGUGGAGCCGCCGCCGAGGGUGCUCGUCUCCGUCACCGCGAACGAGGGGCACGUCGCGAGCGUCGUCACGGAGAUGCGGUUGCUGCGACGCGAGAUGCGCGCCGAGCGCGAGCGCGCGUUUCAAGCCGAGGCGCGUUUCGUUUUCGCGCGUUCACACUGA